AAGAAGAUGAAGAAGAUGAAGAAGAAGAAGAUGAAGAAGAUGAUGAAGAAGAAGAUGCAGAUGAGUGCCGUCGAUCUUAGAAUCACCGCACACUUCACUCAUUUGGGCAGUCACGGGGCACGACGAAGAAGAAGAAGAAGAAGAAGAAGAUGAUGAUGAAGAAGAAGAUGAUGAUGAAGAAGAAGAUGAAGAAGAAGAUGAAGAAGAAGAUGAUGAAGAAGAAGAUGAAGAAGAAGAAGAAGAAGAAGAGGAUGAAGAAGAAGAAGAAGAGGAUGAAGAAGAAGAAGAAGAAGAGAAGAAGAAGA